AUUUGUUUUCCUCUCGAACCGUGAAAUCGUUACCUGGACCUAUAAAACUACCAUUUAUCGGUAGCAUGUACCAUUUUCUACAACGUAAUUCCGAGGAUUUUUUAAAUGUUUGCAUUAAGUUCACUGAAACUUAUCCAUCUCCAUUCCGAAUAUGGAUAGGCCCAAAGUUAAUCAUUACAAUAUAUGAACCGGAACAAAUAAAGAUUGUCUUACAAAACCGCCAUUGUUUGAAUAAAAGUUUAAUAUAUAAAUGUCUAGAACCAAUAUUUGGCAUGGGAUUAGUAACAGCUCCUGCACCUAUAUGGAUUCAAAAUCGAAAAAUGAUAGCUCCAGCAUUUGGUACGAUCCCGAUAAAAAAAUAUUUUGACACAUUCGUUCGAGAAUCUUUAAUACUUACGGAAGAUUUAGAAAAAAUUGCACAAAGUGGAAACGAAAUUGAAUGUUUUGACUAUUUAUGCAGAUGUACCUUAAAAAUUUCAUGUGGUAAGACAAUAUAA